AGUUUCUAUAAAUACUGAACCCUGUUUCCUCAACUCUCUGUUCUCCUAUUUCCUAGGUCUCAAUUUUUGCUGUGAUCUCAUUUUUUUAAUCAUGUCUGUGCUCGAUUCUCUUUUCAACAAAGGCUUUAAAGCUGCUAAAUGCAAAACUUUGCUCAAGUUGACAAUUCCGCGGAUAAAGUUGUUGAGGAAUAGGAGAGAGAUUCAGAUAAAGCAGAUGCGCCGCGACAUUGCCAAACUUCUUGAGAUUGGCCAAGAAGCUACUGCUCGAAUCCGGGUGGAGCAUAUAAUAAGGGAAGAGAAUAUAAUGGCUGCUCAGGAGAUCCUUGAGUUGUUUUGUGAGCUUAUUGCUGUCCGUCUUCCAAUCAUAGAGACUCAAAGGGAAUGUCCUCUAGAUUUGAAAGAAGCAAUAUCUAGCAUUUGUUUUGCUGCACCAAGAUGUGCCGAUCUACCAGAGUUGUUGCAUGUUCAAAUGCUGUUUAUUUCCAAGUACGGGAAGGAAUUUGUAUCAGCUGCAACUGAGCUCAGGCCAGAUUGUGGUGUUAAUCGUCAGUUGAUAGAAUUGUUAUCUAUAUGCGCUCCUUCACCCGAAUUAAAACUGAAGCUUCUGAAAGAAAUUGCUGAAGAGCAUGAGUUGGAAUGGGAUCCAGCUUACACGGAGACUGAGUUUUCCAAACCACAUGAAGAUUUAUUGAAUGGCCCAACUGAGUUUGUCAAUGGUACUAAGUUGCCCCUUCCUGCUGAGAAACACAAUGAAACAUUGAUUUCCGCCGCUGAUCAUGCCCAAAUUGAGCAGCCUGAUUCUGAUACAGACUUUGACCCAUUAGAUUUACCUGAAGUUCCUAAGGUGUCAUUGCGGCCAAGCACAGAUGCUGCGUCAGCACCAGUAAUUAGCUCACCUUCACCAGCUGCUCCAAAGCCUGAAAUUGAUUAUGGACCAUCUAGACAUUCUGGAGCUUCUGGAUAUGUUUUACAAAUGUCACCUUUAGAGCCUGAUAUAUCGAUGCAAGAAGAUUCUGCCACUAGAGAAAGUGAAAUGUCCGAUGAUCCAGCUGGAGCCAAAGAAAAUAAACAGUUUGUGCCAUUCAUUUCUCCCCCAUCAUUAACUCCUGCAUCAAUCUCUGCAAGAGAAAGUGAUCCUCCAGCUAGUUUGAGACCAAAAAGUGAGGUCAAUGUUGACCUACAGGAUAUUUUAGCUGCUGCUCAGGCUGCUGCUGAAACUGCUGAGAGUGCAGCAGCUGCGGCCCGUUCAGCUGCAAGUCUUGCACAAGUUAGAACUGCUGAACUUACACAGAAAAAAAAUGAGCGGGUUACUGAGAGUAGCAGCCCUGAGAACCCUAUUCAUACAUAUAUUCCUCGUCAACAAGCUAAUACAGAAAAGCCAAAUUUUGAUCAUCAGAACUUUUGUAUUGUUCCUGCCGUUUCUUUAUAUUCUUUGGACUCCCAUCAAGUACAUGAGGAGUCAGUGCACCAAGCCACAGAGGCAGCAGAUCCUUCAGUCGACGAACUGAAAAUAGGCUCCGUUUCACCAGUUUCCAGCAACCAUGCAGUCAUCACCAGCCACAGAGAUUGCCUUCAAUGGAUGAUGAAUUCUUCUCAUAUCCAACCUUUUCGCGAGACAGAAUCCGGACCUCGGAUCCAAUGGGUCUUUUAAACAUAAUUCCCAUACCAGUCAUUAUUAAGGGCUACCGCACCUGCUGCUAUUUGAAAUAUAGGAUAUGGUGAUAAUCUUUAUAUUAUUGUAAAAUAUUGAGGUCAAUAAACUUCCCAGAGUGUAAGAUGCGUAUUAUGGCAGGCUGUCCUGGUACUACAUAACUAUGAGCUGCCAUUUUUCAAGUUGAGAAGCUUUUCUGGGAUGCCAUCCGCUGUAAUACGUUCAGUUCAAACAACCUAUGCUUUGGAAAUACAAGCUGAACUAGCUUCAA